CUAUUAUUUAUAGUAAUGUAAUGUACUACUAUUAAAUUAGAAAUUUAUUUUUAUAUGCAUAUACACAUACUGAGGGAGACACUGUGACUGUGAUAAAGUAAAUAAAAUUUCUGUGGCUUUGGAUUCUUCUGGCAAUUCGUGCUGGCCAGCUUUACUUGGCUAUGGGGGCAGCAAUAGCAUAGACCCAUAAAAUAAAAAUUGAAACUUGGCAAAAAGGGGUGACUGCAAAUCCCUUUCACUUUCAGUUUCAGCUUUUUUUUUCCGGGUAGGAAGAAUUUUGUGAGAUGGUGGAGUUUCAAAGGUUUUUGCUGUUGCUGUGCAUCACCACCUGCAUUCUUUGUUGGAUACCCAAUAGUGCCACUGCCGCCACAGAUCCAAACGAUGAAAGUCUAAGAUGUUUGCUUGGUGAACAUUUAAAAUUCCCAUUGGCAUCCCCAAAUAUGAACUUGUAUGUGUGUUUAAUGCAGCUGCUGCUGUGAGAUUUUUGUUUCAAAAUAUGAACUCACCACCCCAGCUAGGUUGGCCUCCUAAUGGUGAUGAUCCAUGUGGACAAUCUUGGAAAGGCAUCACUUGCUCAGGCAACCGUGUUACAGAGAUUAAGCUAUCUAAUCUUGGACUAACUGGAUCGGUUCCUUACGGAUUACAAGUCUUGACAUCUUUGAAUGACCUAGACAUGAGUAGCAACCGUCUUGGUGGAAGCAUACCUUACCAACUUCCUCCAUAUUUGCAGCGCUUAAAUCUUGCUUAUAAUAACAUCACAGGGACAGUCCCUUACUCUAUUUCUAACUUGACCGCUCUUACAGACCUGAAUCUUGGUCACAAUCAGCUCCAGCAAGGACUGGGUGUCGACUUUCAUAAUCUUUCUACUCUCUCCACAUUGGAUCUCUCCUUCAAUUCUCUAACAGGUGACCUCCCUCAGACUAUGAGCUCACUUUCACGCAUAACCACCAUGUAUCUGCAAAAUAACCAGUUUACAGGCACUAUUGAUGUCCUUGCUAAUCUGCCUCUGGAUAAUCUGAAUGUGGAAAACAAUAAUUUUACUGGAUGGAUACCGGAACAGUUGAAGAACAUAAACCUACAGACCGGUGGUAAUGCAUGGAGCUCAGGUCCUGCACCCCCACCUCCUCCAGGGACGCCUCCAGCACCUAAAAGCAACCAGCACCACAAGUCUGGUGGUGGAAGUACCACCCCCUCAGAUACUGGCAGUGGCAGCAGCUCAAUUGAAGAGGGCAAAAAAUCUGGUAUCGGAGGUGGUGCCAUAGCUGGAAUUGUGAUCUCGGUCAUAGUUUUGGGGGCAAUAGUAGCAUUCUUUCUGGUGAAGAGAAAAUCCAAGAAGUCAUCUUCUGAUUUAGAAAAGCAGGAUAAUCAGUCCUUUGCUCCACUUCCUUCAAAUGAAGUGCAUGAAGAAAAGUCCAUGCAAACUUCCUCUGUAACAGACUGGAAGACGUUUGAUACUUCUGGCUCAAUAAAUCUUAAACCCCCACCUAUUGAUCAUCAUAAAUCAUUUGAUGAGGAAGAAUUCUCCAAGAAGCCCACAAUUGUGAAGAAGACUGUAACAGCUCCUGCAAAUGUGAAAUCAUAUUCUAUUGCUGAACUGCAGAUUGCUACUGGCAGCUUCAGUGUGGAUCACCUUGUUGGUGAGGGGUCUUUUGGGCGUGUAUACCAUGCUCAAUUUGAUGGACAGGUUCUUGCUGUGAAGAAGAUAGAUUCAUCUGUCCUUCCCAAUGAUUUGACAGAUGAUUUUAUAGAAAUAAUUUCAAACAUCUCCAAUUUACAUCAUCCAAAUGUGACAGAGCUUGUAGGUUAUUGCUCAGAGUAUGGACAACACCUCUUGGUCUAUGAGUUUCAUAAAAACGGAUCACUGCAUGACUUCCUUCACCUACCAGAUGAAUAUAGUAAACCAUUGAUAUGGAAUUCGCGUGUCAAGAUUGCUUUGGGGACUGCACGUGCUCUAGAGUACCUACAUGAAGUUAGUUCGCCAUCAGUUGUUCAUAAGAAUAUUAAGUCAGCCAACAUAUUACUGGAUACAGAGCUUAAUCCUCAUCUUUCAGAUAGUGGAUUGGCAAGUUAUAUUCCAAAUGCGGACCAGAUAUUGAACCAUAAUGUUGGAUCUGGAUAUGAUGCACCUGAAGUUGCCUUGUCUGGUCAGUAUACUUUGAAAAGUGAUGUCUACAGCUUUGGAGUUGUCAUGUUGGAACUUCUCAGCGGACGGAAACCAUUUGAUAGCUCAAGGCCAAGAUCUGAGCAGUCUUUGGUUCGAUGGGCAACACCUCAACUCCAUGAUAUUGAUGCAUUGGCUAAAAUGGUUGAUCCUGCAAUGAAAGGGCUAUAUCCUGUUAAGUCUCUUUCUCGAUUUGCCGAUGUUAUUGCUCUUUGCGUUCAGCCGGAGCCAGAAUUCCGACCACCAAUGUCAGAAGUGGUUCAAGCACUGGUGCGAUUAGUGCAGCGAGCUAACAUGAGCAAGCGAACAUUUAGUAGUAGUGAUCAUGGAGGAUCCCAACGAGGGAGUGAUGAGCCAGUUCUACGAGACAUCUAAAUCCCAAAGCAAAUGUAGUUAUAUUUGUAAUAUAAUUUCCAAUAGUUGCAAAUUUGAAGCUCGGUUUAAAUUCAUAUUCUGUUGAUGCCUACUGUGUAAACGGGUCCAAAUGUAGAUUGUUUAAUUCUCAACGAUAGAUGACGUCAUAUCAUCUCUGUUAGUUUCAUAUGAUCUCACAAGUUCGUUUCAUCUCGUA